AUGCGCGACUAUGAGGUGUACACGAGCACGGCAGUCUCGAUCAUCGUUCUCUAUGGCAUCGCCUCUAUCGCACGCCAAUACGCACGGCUGAAGCACAUCAGGGGACCCUCAGUCGCAGGAUUUACCGACUGGUGGCUUGUGCGCGCCCUGCGUAGUGGGAGGGGGCAUCUUGAGUUCUACGAGGCCUACCAGAAAUAUGGAUCUCUUGUACGUGUCGGGCCGAGGGAUCUGAUCACGAGCGACCCGGACCUCAUGAAGCACAUGCUCGGCGUGCGGACCAAAUACAGGCGGUCGAAUUGGUACGACGCCAUGAGGCUUGAUCCUGGCAGAGAUAACAUAUUGUCCAUGGGAGACGACGCGUUGCACGCCCAGCUUCGAUCCCGGAUGGCUGCUGGAUACUCCGGCAAAGAAGUUGAGAACCUCGAAGGAAAAGUGGACGAGAACAUUCUUCGUCUUAUCGAUCUAGUCGAUCGCUAUGUUUCCGAGAACAAAGCUUUCGACUUCGGUCUCAAAGCGCAGUAUUUCACCCUCGACGUCAUCUCGGACCUUGCUUUUGGUGAGCCGUUUGGCGAUGUGGCUUCCGACUCUGACGUCCAUGAGUACAUCCGCACAUCGGAGCAGAACAUGCCGAACGUCGUGCUGGCAGCAGUCCUGCCUUGGCUCCUAGCCCUACUCUUUUCGCCCCUGCUUCGGGGCCUUUUACCUUCUGAUAAGGAUGCUAUAGGGCUCGGGAAGACGAUCGGGAUCGCUAAAGAAGUCGCCGCGGAACGUUUCGGUCCAAAUAAGAAGAUUAGGAAAGAUAUGCUCGGCUCCUUCGUAGCUCACGGUCUGGCCCAGGAGGAAGCGUCAUCGGAGAUCCUCAUGCAGAUUCUAGCUGGAUCCGACACGACGGCGACCGCCAUUCGCGCGACGCUCCUCCACAUCCUCACGAGCCCCCGAGUAUCCGCCGCUCUUCGUGAGGAAAUCGAGUUGGCUAAGCCGUCGUGGCCCGUGAUCACAGAGGCAGAAGCGCGUAGCAUGCCGUACCUGCAGGCCGGGAUCAAGGAAGGAAUUCGAAUCUUCCCGCCUGUCGUGGGCCAGAUGUCCAAGGAAGUCCCCAAAGGCGGAGACACGUUCAGGGGGGUCCACUUGCCGGAGGGAACCCGGAUCGGAUACGGCGCAUGGGCCAUCUUCCAUCGUACCGAUCUGUGGGGGCCAUAUGCGCACGAGUUCCGGCCGGAGCGGUGGCUGGAGACGGGGACAGAAGACUUGAAGCGGAUGGAAGGCAUGCUGGACCUCGUCUUCGGGCACGGCAAAUGGAAGUGUCUGGGACGAAACGUGGCCAUGAUGGAGUUGCAGAAGGUUUUUGUCGAGCUUAUGAGGAGGUAUGAACUCGUUGUCGUUGAUCCAACGAAGCCAUGGAAAUCCCUCAACUACGGCAUUUUCCUGCAGUCUUCUUUUUGGGUUCGGGGUUACAAGCUGGACGCACGGGGCCGAUCGUCACGAUGA